AUGUACUCCGUACUGCAGGCGGUGCUCAGGUUUCAGGAGCAGCGGACUAACGUGGUCUCGUUGCGCGAGCUGUCUACUGACAUCAACCCUGGAGUCCAGGCUCAAUUUGGUCCCCGGCGAUGGAUCCCCGAUGCAACGAAGAGAAGUGACGCAUCGCGGAUUCUCAAUGCACCGAUGCUGGCGACCAAGGUCCUCAACGUAUCCGAGUCUUAA